AUGGUGGGUGAUGUGGACAGUGAGAAAGUUCAGGUGUACUCAUCGCUCCUGCACUGGACAUCUAAAGCGGAUGCAACGAUGUGAUGUUCUAACAUUAAUGCAGUACUUUAUAAAUGUAUAGUGUGUGUAUUAUUGCGCAAGGUGGAUUUUUACAUAUUACGAUUUUCAUCGGGUUAAAAUCAGUGUACGAUGCUUUGAGUGCGAGUGCAAUUUAUGUCUUUGCAGAAUCAAUGUGUCAAGUAAUGACAUCACAGAGUAGCUGGAGGGGAAAGAAAACACAGGAAGACAAAGGCGGGCGGGCACCGGGAGCAAGGCUAAUAUGCUGUUUGUUUUCCACGGAUCUUCCAGUCGUGUUUACACGUUUGCUUUUCGUACAACUUAUAUCGGCAUAACAUCAUUACAAUUCCCCGAACAUCUGCAAUUGUCUCCUAUUUGAAACGGCGCAGUCACUCGGGCCGAUCUAUCGGAAUAACGAAGAAUGUACUGGGGUGUUGGUUUUGCAUCGUCCAGAUCAUGCGUAGUUGAUCUGAGCAGGAAUCAGAGCUUUUCUCUGGGACUGUGCGGUUCUGAUGAUCACUAUUCUUUUUAUGGAUACAUAAUUACUUUCCCUCUGCAAGAUUACUGUCGCAUCAUGUCAGGGCUGGGAGCGGAGUCAUGGUGGAAGAAAACGCUGUGCUUGACCGGAGGUGCCUUGCUGGCAGCGGCUGCAUAUCUCUUGCACGAAUUGCUGGCGAUCAGGAAGGAGCAGAAACUGGAUUCAAAAGAUGCAAUUAUAUUACAUCAGUUCUCUCGACCUGAGUGCAAGGUUCCUAGCUUGUCUCCUUUUUGCUUGAAGAUGGAAACGUAUCUUCGAAUGGCAGACUUGCCGUACCAGAAUUAUUUUGAUGGCAAACUCUCUCCUCAAGGAAAGAUGCCUUGGAUUGAAUAUAAUCAUCAAAAGGUAUCUGGCACAGAAUUCAUUAUUGAUUUUCUUCAAGAUAAACUGGGAGUUAACUUAAAUAAACAUAUGGAUUCCAGUGAAAGAGCCGUUUCAAGAGCCAUUACAAAGAUGGCGGAAGAACACUUCUAUUGGGCCAUUGUAUACUGUCAAUGGGUGGACAAUCUCCAUGAAACUGGAAAAAUACUCUCUGUCUCAGGCCCAUUCAGUGGUUUUCUGAAAUGGAUACUAUGCCAUCUAACAAAAGGAAUUGUUAAACGGGAAAUGUAUGGUCAAGGAAUCGGCCGUUUCUCAAAGGAGGAAAUAUAUAUCUUAAUGGAAAAGGAUAUGCGAGCACUUUCAGUCAUCUUGGGUGAUAAGAAGUACAUCAUGGGCCCCAGGCCUUCGACAGUUGAUGCAGCUGUAUUUGGGCAACUUGCGCAGGCAAUGUGGACACUGCCUGGAACCAGACCGGAACAGCUGAUUAGAGAUGAGCUAGUUAAUCUUGCGAUGUAUUGUGAGAGAAUUAAGAGGAAGUUCUGGCCUGAAUGGAUGGAAGAGAGCGAUGAUGCUUCAUACAAUAAUGAAGACGAAACAAGUGAAGAUAGUUUGACUCCCACGCCACUCCAAGAUUUCAGUUUGUACUCUCGCACAGAAACAUUUGACGAGGAGUUAACGGAGAACAGUGUUUCCUAUUCACAAACUCCAGACACUGAUUAUACAGGCCAUUCACUCUUUGAUUCAGACGUGGAAAUGGACGAGUACACAGAUAACGAGCUGGUCAAAUGAAACGUGCUAAAGAAACGUCAUUGUGUAUUCUGCACUUUAAGUGGUAAAACUGAUGUACUCUGGAGGUCACUAGGAAUCACCCAGUACAAGUAUUGUCAUUCAGACCAAUGUGAAAUCAUUGCCAGUUACAAUAAUCGAGAAACUCCUUUACACCAGUAAAGUCUUCUCCUCUAUAUGUAUAGUACUUAACUGAUGUAUAUGCUACUAGAAUGGUACAUUCAAUCAUAAUUGUUACUGGGUAGUGGGAUGUCCCAUGUACCUAAUACAUCAGAUUUUGAUACUGCAGUUCUUUACAAAUCUGCACAAAAAUGCUUCUCUUACAUUAAUUUUAGGCAUUUCCAAAACGACAUACAUCUAGGUAUAUGAUAAAACUUUCCAGUGCAUCAUAGUCCACUGUGAUAAAACUUUUCAUAGUCCAUCACAGUAUAAAUAAGGCCUUCAGUAUAUGGUUGUGAAAGACUAAGUUAUGGAAGGUCACAUAGACAAGUUUAUGUGUUACGUUAAAGGUGAAAGUAAAGUAUUUAAUCACAGAUAUACAAAUGCCAAUUCAGAGGCAGUUUUCAUUAGGGUGCAUGGAUAGCAGAAGUGUACUUAAAUGAUAUAUGUACUUAUAAACUAGGAUUACUUGUGAAUUGAUGAAACAAUAUUAUGUGGGAUUACUUUCUUGGAACUUUAUAUAUUUAGAUCGUGUUGCUUUUACACAAUGUGCCAGUGUGUGAAACUGAUGGUAAACAGUGCGGUUGUAAGCUUAUAUUAAUAGUUGGUUUGAAUCUCCUUGUUAUAUUUUGUUUCUACCAAGUGUGACUUGGCAAGGGGAGGUUUUGAAGAUAAUUAGUCCAAUAGUUGGCAGAUUCAUGCACUGUAGCAAUUGCCCCCAUUAUUUUUUUUUUAGUUGAGGAAUUACUCAAAUUAAAUUGAGUUGAACAAAAAGGGAAAACGGAAGCUCCAGUUGGAAAGUUCUCAAAAAUUAGAAUGAGGAGAAUGAAUGGCAUUCAUUCAUUCAUUCAAUCAUUCAUUCAUUCAUUCAUUCAAUCAUUCAUUCAUUCAUUCAUUCAUUCAUUCAUUCAUAAAAUAACAUUUAUUAAUACUGCUGCAGAUGCUGGAAAUCUGAAAUAAAUUCAAAAAUGCCAUGAACACACAGCAAGUCAAGUAGAAUCUGUGGAAAGGGAAAUAUUUACCAUUUCAGUUCCAACACGAAAGGUCUUGGAUGCAGAAUGUUAACUUUACAGUGAGAACAUUGUUUCAAUACUGCUUUUUGACAUCAGUUUGAGUUUAGAUUAUUGUCACGUGCACCAAGGCACAGUGACACACUUUUGUUACGUGCUAGUCAGUCAGUGGAAAGACAAUAUGGAUUACAAUCGAGCCAUUCACAGUGAACAGAUACAUGAAAAAAGGGAAUAACGUCAAUAAUGUUUAGUGCAAGAUAAAGUCCAGUAAAGUCUGAUUAAAGAGAUAGUCUGAGGGUCUCCAAUGAGAUAGAUAGUAGCUCAGGACUGUUCUCUAGUUGUUGGUAGGGAGCAGUCCUGAGCUACUAUCUACCACAUUGGUGUGGCAGCACGGUUUUGAUUGUACACACACUGUGAAUGUGUGUGCGUGUGUUAUGAGCGUGGUAGCAGAUACUUGUCUUCAAUCAGAUUGGCAUCUGUUGGUUGCAUACCUUUAACUGGCGUGGAGUGCUGUCAUAAAAUAAAUACAUCAUGACUGGCAUUAGUGAAUAGUGAAAGGCUUGGAUAGAGUGGAUGUGGAGAGGAUGUUUCCACUAAUGGGAAAGUUUAGGACCAUAGGUCAUAGCCUCAGAAUUAGAGUACGUUCUUUUAGGAAAGAGAUGAGGAGGAAUUUCUUUAGUCUGUGGGUGGUGAAUUGCCACAGAAGGCUGUGGAGGCCAAGUCAAUGAAUAUAUUUAAGGCAGAGAUAGAUGGUUUCUUCAUUAGUACAGGUGUCAGAGGGUUUGGGAAGAAGGCAGGAGAAUGGGUUUCGGAGGGAGUGAUAGAUCAGCCGAUUAAAUGGCAGCGUAGACUUGAUGGGCUGAAUGGCCCAAUUCUGCUCCUAUCACUUAUGAUUUCAUGGUCUUAUGAAGGAACUGCAAAUGCUCAUUUACAAAAAAAAGAAGACAGUGCUAGAAUAAAUCAGCGGACCAGGGAGCAUUUCUGGAGCACAUGGAUAGGUGACGAUUUAGUCUGAAAAAGGGUCCUGACCCAAAACAUCAUUUACCAUGUUUUCCUGGAAUACUGCCUGACUUGCUGAAAUACUCCAGCACUUUGUGUUUUUCUAAAUGAAAUAUAGUCAGCUUCCUUUCAUUGGAGGAUUUCAGUCAUUUUUGUGCAUGACAAAGAAUGGUAAAAUGUAAAAUAAAGCAAUUAUUUCCAAUUCCAGCAUGGAAAGAUUAAGGUGUAACUGCCUUGGUAUCUGCUGCCAGAGCUAUAUAGGUAUGUACUCCUACUGAAUGUUCUUGUCUCUGUAUUCUUCCUCUUCCUCUUUCAGCGCUUGUUCUCCUUUUUGUGUCCUCUGCUGUUUCUUUAAGUCAGGUUGUGCUUCAUGGGGGCUGGUUACUCGUGCAUCCACAAAUCCAAACAAUUAUUUGCACAGAAGCGUCGGGAAACAUUAUUGCACUACUAGCACACCACUCCCUCGAUGUGCAUCACACCUUUGCAGAAUCCUUGGCUAAAAUACAUCAAUUCCUUGAUCUGUAAAUGGAACAUGAUCGAUUUAAAGAAGUUGGCAAAGGGCUUGGUGGGGAAGGGUACCUCCUGUUGAAAAACUGUGAGAUAAUGAUGGUUGGAGGAAAAUAAAUCAGCAACUUUUUAUAAAUGUCUGCUCUGUGCACUUCUGGAAGGCUGCAUUAAUGUAAUUACCCUCGUCAACAUGUGGUCUAAUGCAUCAUUCACGUCAGCUUGUGCGUGCUUGAACUAUGGGUGUUGCUAUGGUGCUCUGACAACACUUGUACCACCCAAGAAAUUUGCCUCUUAAAUCUUCAAUCCAAAUUUCUUCCCAAUAGGUAUCCAGAUUAGUUUAGUUUAGAGAUACAGCACAGAAACAGGGUCCUCGGCCCACCGAAUCCACACCGACCAGCGACCCCUGCACAUUAACACUAUCCUACACACAUUAGGGACAAUCUACAUCUUUACCAAGACAAUUAACCAACAAACCUGUACGUCUUUGGAAUGUGGGAGGAAACUGAAGAUCUCAGAGAAAACCCGCACGGUCAUGGGGAGAACAUGCAAACUCCGUACAGACAGCUUCCGUAGUCAGGAUUGAACCUGGAUCUUCUGGUGCAGUCAGGCAUCAACUCUACUGCUGUGCCACCGUGCCACCGUGCCACUCACAAACAUAGUGGCUUGAGAACCUCAGGCUAUUGGAAUUAGUUCACAAUCUUUGUUAGAAUGCCGACAAGUGCAUUGCAGAAUGAGUGUAUGUCGUUUCCACAAGGAGCCACGUGAUACAUGAAUGGAUAACCUACAAUGAAUGGGUGAUGCCUGGCUGGGCACAGGAUGCGGGGGGCAGAAGCCUGGCAUGAGGCCCUUCAAGCCUAUCCCCGCCAUUUAAUAUGAUCAUGGUGAUCAGCCGUGCCACAUGCUUUCUGCUCUUGUAAUAAUUCUUAAUAUUUACCUUAAGAUCAUAUCAAUGUUGCAACCCGGCCCUAGAUACGGACACUAUAAUUUAUAAACUGUUUUGAAUCUCAGAAUGGGACAAAAUAUAAGUGAUCAUAUAAGUGAUCCACAGUUGCAUCACUUUCCUUAGCAAAUGUUUCCAGCUUGAAUUCCAUCCUGCACAAUUUAGACCAAUUGGCAUGCCUGUUUUCAUGCCAGUGUUUAUAGCCAAUAUGUGCAGGAGUAGGCUAUUCGGCCCUUCGAGCCAGCACCGCCAUUCAAUGUGAUCAUGGCUGAUCAUCCCCAAUCAGUACCCCGUUCCUGCCUUCUCCCCAUAUCCCCUGACUCCGCUAUCUUUAAGAGCCCUAUCUGGCUCUCUCUUGAAAGCAUCCAGAGAACCUGCCUCCACCACCCUCUGAGGCAGAGAAUUCCACAGACUCACCACUCUCUGUGAGAAAAAGUGUUUCCUCAUCUCCGUUCUAAAUGGCUUACUCCUUAUUCUUAAACUGUGGCCCCUGGUUCUGGACUCCCCCAAAAUCAGGAACAUGUUUCCUGCCUCUAGCAUGUCCAAGCCCUUACAAGGAACUGCAGAUGCUGGAGAAUCGAAGAUAGCCAAAAUUGCUGGAGAAACUCAGCGGGUGCGGCAGCAUCUAUGGAGCGAAGGAAAUAGGCAACGUUUCGGGCUGAAAUGUUUCUUGAAUCUGUGUUCACAUUGCAUUCUUAGAUCCAUGCUGUGAAUCAGUACAUGAUGGCCCAUGACCUUUCUCUGCAACUGCACCUAUCUAUCUCAAAGCCAUGAUAGAGCCCAAUUCCAAGUUAUUCUCCAUCACAUUCAAUGCUGCAUCAAAUGACUUUUUUCCCCUUCCUUUUUGAUGUCAAAGAUUGCAGACUUCAACAUUUUAUGAAUUCUAAUACCCAUAAAGGUAUUUCACUGCUUGCACUUCCCUCUGAGCCUAUCCCUGUCUCGAGUUCUAUCACCUGCUGUGUUUUCGCUUUUCCCUAUAUAUAUGAUCUGCCAUUGUCUGAUCGUAGUCUUCAGCAGACUCGGCUUCAUCCCCCUACAUCCCCAUGUAAAUGAAUUGUGAAUCUGACAAUUUGGAAUUAUCCAUGCACUGGUUCAGCCUUUGUGCCCAUUUCAUUGGCCACAAAUCCUCACCCGAAUGAGCCCUUUCACCUGUCUCCAGAAUCACCAAUCCAUCUGGCUUAUUACCUAAGAUAGACACAAAAUGCUGGAGUAACUCAGCGGGACAGGCAGCAUCUCCGGAAAGAAGAAAUGGGUAACGUUUUGGGCCAAGACCCUUCUUCAACUGGAGUCAGGGGUGGGGGAAACUACAGAUAUGGACGGGUAAGGUGUGAAAAUGAUAGAUCGAAGCAAUGAUCUAGGAAAUGUAGAAUGGUUCAUUGUUGGCAGACGGGAAGGUGACAACGAGGAAAAAAAACUAAAAUCAAUCAGGAGGACAGUGAAACUGGUCAGAGAACUAGGGUGGGGGAGGGACGGAGAGAGAGGAAAGCAAGGGUUACUUGAAGUUUGCCAAAUCAAAAGUCAUCCCGCUAAGUUGCAAGCUACUCAAGCGAAAUAUGAGAUGUUGUUCCUCCAAUUUGCGUCUGGCCUCACUCUGAUAGCUUAUUACCUAUUCGGAUCCAUUCAUUGCAAACUGUUACUAUGACUCACCAUUGUGAUUUUUCCACUCAUCUCACUCACUUCUGUUGAAUUGAUCGCUAUUCCUUCAACCUUGUAUGUCAGCUUUGUUCCUCUUUCCAAAAGUGCUGACCAUUUCCAGCAUUUCAUAUUCUUAUUGUUGGAUGAAUGUUUGCCAUUUCUCUCGAUCUCUAUUUUUAUUGCAACCGUCAACUAUUUAUUAUAAAGACAGAAAAAAUGUUAACUACAUUAAAUGUUUGUGUGUUAAUAUUGCAACCGUACUCUCUAAAUAUGUGUUGAUGCUGGAAAGGGUGAGAAAUUGGAUACCGUUUGUCGAUUGCUUGAUUCCAUACCCAUUAUUAUUGACAGAGUUUUCUCCAGGAGAUUAGUUUAGUAACAGGAGAUUGUUUUCAUUUUAGUUCAGAUAUAUGCCAUGGAAACAGGCCCUUCAGCACAUCGAGUCCCUGCCAAUGAUUGAUCACCCAUUUACACUAUCUAUGUUACUCUACUUUUUCAUCCACUCUCUUCACCUUAGUGGGGGGGGAUUUUUUUUCUCACAAUUAACCUAUGAAAUUGCACGUCUUUGGGUGUUGGAGGAAACCAAAUCACCUGGAGGAAACCCAUACGUUCAUAGGGAGAAUGCGCAAACUUCAUACCGAUAGCAUCCAAGGUCGGGAUCGAACCCAGGUCUCUGGUGCUGAGGCAGCUUAUAAUGGCAAUUUUUACAAAAUUCUCAAAAUCCAAUUUCAUUAGCCAUUAAUUAUGGGAGAUGAUUUGAAGGUAUAGCCUAACGCACUCACGUACACAUAAAUGAAUCUUCCAGAUGUUGUUUCUUGAUUAAUUAGUCGUUUAUUGAAAUAAUACAAAACAAAGAAAUAACUCAUAACUUUCCGUUCUUUUCGCUACUCCAUUCACGUCGUAUAAAUCACAUAAAAGCUUCUUCUUAUAAAGGUAUGUCAUCUCGUAACGUGUGUGUCGUGAUCAUGGUAGAAAACUAUUUCCCCUCACACUCCGACUCAAAACUAAAACUUUUAAUUUGCGAGUCUGCGUGAGACUCCUCUAACAAAAGAACACACCCCUACAACGUAUCAAAUCCCACCUACAAAAGUACAGGCAGAUAGCUAAAAACUAAAAAUAGCAGGCAUGAUAAUAAUACUGACCUAAGCUUCAUGGCUCCUACACAGCUGCUCUGCCAACUGCGCCGCUGUAGCGCCCAAUUAAACAUGACAUUGUUAUUCAUGGAUCAAGUACUAAUAACUGGUGUGUGUAUAAUUCCCCACAAAACACAGGGAAGUGUUUUUACAGUGGUUCGCUAUAUAUGAGCUCUUUGAAUUCUACAAUAAUAGAAACAUAGAAAAUAGGUGCAGGAGUAGGCCCUUCGAGCCUGCACCGCCAUUCAAUAUGAUCACGGCAUAUGAUCAUCCAACUCGGUAUCCUGUACCUGCCUUCUCUCCAUACCCCCGGAUACCUUUAGCCACAAGGGCCACAUCUAACUCCCUCUUAAAUAUAGCCAAUGAACUGGCCUCAACUACCUUCUGUGGCAGAGAAUUUCAGAGAUUCAUCUGUGUGAAAAAUGUUUUUCUCAUCUCGGUCCUAAAAGAUUUCCCCCUUAUCCUUAAACUGUGACCCCUUGUUCUGGAAUACCCUUUAACAUCCCGAUGCAAGGUUAUUAAAAAAAAAUGGUGGCAUUUACUGUACAAAUCAUGUGAAGCUUCAAAUUAUUUGGUAAAUUAAACACCAUAACAUAUCACAAAAGUGUCCAAGAUUUUGCUGUAGUUGGGCAUUUGAUGGACUCUGCUGUUGCCCAGAAUUACAUUUACAAACAUGUUUCGACUUUUGCAUAGUAAGUUGAUAAUGGUGCUGAGAAACAAAACAGGCAUCAGAGAGCUGAGAGCGAAGAAAGGUUUUGGCCCGAAACGUCACCUAUUUCCUUUGCUCCAUAGAUGCUGCUGCAUCCGCUGAGUUUCUCCAGCAUUUUUGUGUACCAUCAGAGAGCUGAUGCCUGUUUAGCAUGAUCUAGCAGGACUAGAUCUGCCGAAUGGCCUAAUUCUGCUCCCAUGACUUAUUACAAGCUACCAUUUGUUUCUUUAACCAAGGUAAUGGGAAGUAUGUGAAUUCAAGCUGAUUAGACUCGAUGGAUCGAAUGGCCAGUUCUGCUCCAAUGACAUGACGUUACCAUGUGUUUUCUUAACUAAGGAAAUGUGGAGUACCUGUAUUUGAAUUCAAC